AUAUGAAAUAGUUUGCCAGUUGAUGUCAGUAACAAAUUAUCAAAAUGACGAUCACCAACUCCAACUACAGGCAGUGAAUUUACAAACUGGACAAAACCAUGUCGUGUACUUGUGGCUAACACUCGGUAUGGUGCCAAGUAGAAGUAUAAUACUGAGAAAAAUAAAAUGUUAAAUUUAAAAGAAUAUGGUAGCAGUAGUGAAGAAGAAGGACCACCAGAACCCACCACUGAAAAUGCAAUCAGUGUUCAUGAAUUAAGUAAAAAGUUUUCAGUUAAUGCAGCUCCAGAAGUCUUACCUCCAGGACCAGAUACUUCAAUACAAUUUCUUGAUGUUGGUACAAAAGAAAUUACUAGGAAUAUGAAAUACGAAGAGCUUUUUACACCAGUUGCUGGCCCAGAAAAUCCAUUUUUAACACAACAACAAAAAGCUCCAAAAAAUAUGAUGACUGGAUUUGUUGAAAAAGCUCAUAUUAGUGAUUUUAUGUUUGAAACUCAAAGAAGAACAUUUCAUAGUUUUGGUUAUGCAUUAGAUCCUACUGUUGAUUCUACUGAAAUCAUUGGCCGCAAACCUGAUGAUACUAAUGAAUUUAAAACAGUUUUUGAAUCAUUACCUAAAAGGUUAGCUGAUAAGAGAAAGCGACAUAAGAAUGACAAUCCAGAAGAUAUUGAAGGGUACCUCGGACCUUGGGGAUGUUAUGUUGAUGAACAAAAAAUAGCAAAACCAGAAGGGGAAGAUGCAGCUGCUAUAGAAGAAUUCCUUGCAAAAAAACAUAAACGUGGCAAAAAAUUGGAAGAUAAAAGUUUUAAAGAGAAAUCCAUAUUGCACAUUAAAGAUCCUGUUGAUUACCAAGGGCGUUCAUUCUUACAUAUACCCCAAGAUGUAGGUGUUAAUCUAAAAUCAAAUGCACCACCUGAUAGAUGUUUUCUUCCCAAAGCACAUGUACAUACAUGGCAGGGUCAUACAAAAGGCAUAUCAGCUAUUAGAUGGUUUCCAAGGUCAGCUCAUUUAUUGAUGUCUUGCAGCAUGGAUUGUAGAGUUAAGCUAUGGGAUGUUUACAGAGAUAAAAAAUGUAUUCGAACAUAUAUAGGUCAUACACAAGCAGUUAGGGAUACUUGUUUUAAUAAUAAGGGCACUAAAUUUUUAUCAGCAGCAUAUGAUCGGUAUGUUAAAUUAUGGGACACAGAGACUGGGGAUUGUAUAAAAAGUUUUACUAACCACAAAGUGUUAUAUUGUGUAAAAUUUAAUCCGGAGGAAGAAAAACAACAUUUAUUUGUUGCUGGUACUGCUGAUAAAAAAAUUGUUUGUUGGGAUACUAGAUCAGGAAAUAUAGUUCAAGAAUACGAAAGACAUUUGGGAGCAGUAAAUAGUAUCACAUUUGUUGAUGAGAAUAGACGAUUUGUUACAACAUCUGAUGAUAAAAGUCUUCGUGUUUGGGAAUGGGAUAUACCAGUUGAUAUGAAAUAUAUAGCAGAUCCAACCAUGCAUUCUAUGCCAAGUGUAACUAUUUCACCAAAUAAAAAGUGGUUAGCAUGUCAAAGUAUGGAUAAUAAAAUAGUAAUAUUUUCUGCGAUGAAUCGUUUUAAAAUAAAUAGAAAAAAAAGUUUUUCUGGUCAUAUGGUAGCUGGAUAUGCUUGUUCAUUAGAUUUUUCACCAGAUAUGAGUUAUUUAGUUUCAGGUGAUGCUGAUGGAAAAGUAUUUAUUUGGGAUUGGAAGACAAGUCGAUUGUAUACUAAAUGGAAAGCUCACGAUAAUGUAUGCAUUGCUGCAUUAUGGCAUCCACAUGAACCUAGCAAAGUGGCAACUGCUGGUUGGGAUGGAUUAAUUAAAUAUUGGGAUUAA